AUGCCUCCUCACUUCGAAGAUUUGCGCCAGGCUGCAUUCAACGCCGAGAAGGACUUGAACUCUUACCAGGCCAAGCAGGGCCUCGGCAAGAAGAGUGACUCCACUCUCGAGUCCGGCGUUAACGAGAUGGUCGACAAGAAGUUCUCCGAGUCCACUGGCGUGAAGUACGGGCCCGGCUCCACUGCUUCAGGCAGUGACCACCGUAAAGUUCCUGAGGAUGAGGGAGGUACCCGGGAUGACCGUGGCCGACUCCCCAAGGCAGGCGACUUCAAGGGUCCCGGCGGUCCGGAGGACAACAUCAAGAUCGAUUCUGAGCAGCGCGGCGGUGACCAGGAAGUACCCAACCUGCAGGAUAUGAAACGCCGGGGUAUUGCGAAAUAA